GUUCCUCUUCCAUUCCCACUUUCCGCGUUUCGGGUACCGAAGGUAGAUCCCCAGCAUUUGACGUACUUGUGUUGGGAAGCCUACGAUACAAUUCUGUUUCAUGAUGGCCGGUAGAAGGACAAGUUUCAUCCGUGAUGACAGAAGUGGCACGACCUAAAACCCUAGUUUGUACAUACAUGCUGCUGCAAUUCAUAACUUGAAAGAAAUAUGAUCUCAUGAAGUAGGAUACUAUAAGAUGAAUCAUUCCAAAAGAGAAGUUAGAUGGAGAAUCCUCUUCUAAUCCUUGUAUCUUGGCAUGGAUUCUGGUUUAGUUGGUGUUCCACUUCCUAUGGAUAAGAUCUCUUUAAGAAAUCUUCAAGAAUCAAGUGCCAAUGGAUCUUGCAGCCAAAGGUGUCAGAAGUUUGUUGUUUUGUUGUCAGCAGGAAGUUUCAAUCCACCAACCUAUAUGCACUUGCGCAUUUUUGAGUUAGCAAGAGAUGUGUUGCAAGCACAAGGAUUUGUCGUGAUAGGAGGUUAUAUGUCGCCUGCAAAUGAUGCAUACAAGAAAAAGGAUCUUUUGUCGGCUAUGCAUCGAGUUCAGCUGUGUGAAUUAGCAUGCAAAAGUUCUUCCUUUGUCAUGGUAGAUCCAUGGGAGGCAAAACAAAACAGUUAUCAGCGCACUCUUACUGUCUUGUCUAGGAUACAAAAUUCCUUAUGCCGUAAUCUUUCCAUAGGAAAAGAAUCACUCAAAGUAAUGCUUCUAUGUGGAUCUGAUCUACUUGAAUCUUUUUCUAUUCCUGGAGUCUGGAUGCAAGAUCAGGUCAGAACUAUAUGCGAGGACUUUGGUAUUGUCUGUAUACGCAGGGAAGGGAAGGAUAUUGAAAACAUAAUAUCUGCCAAUGAAAUUUUGCAGCAAAAUAAGAGUAAUAUUUUCUCAGUAGAUGAAAUUGUACCAAACCAGAUUAGCUCAACAAGAUUGAGGGAAUCCCUUAGGAAGGGACUCUCAAUUAAGUACCUAACUGCCGACGAAGUCAUUGAUUACAUCAAAGAUCAAAAGCUUUACACAACUGGUUCUACUUGAUAUUUUUUAGAUCCUCUCAAGCAAAAGAUGGUGAGAGAUGGACCAGAAUAAUGUUUUUCACCCAGUUGAGGUGACAUGCAAACGCAGUAGCAGAUAUGGCCCCUUUGAUCCACAUGGGAGAAUUCUCAAUAAACCAUUGAUGAAAUAAUUUCCUUAGAAAUUUGUUUCAGUGUUGUAAUCUGUUAUUAUGUUAUUUUAUUUAUGAAAUGGCAACUUAUAAGUUGACAAAAUGUGAAACUCGUGUAACGCAGAAAAUGAGUGCGAUAUUGACAAAGUUAUCACCAAGUUUGAUGCUAA